AUGGAUUUGGAUAUUCUCUGUUUCAACAUAGCAACGCUGAUUGCUGGGGUAUUCGUGCUUGACUAUGGAGCAGAUACAUUCCUCGACCACACUGUUAUCGUCGGACGGCGGCUUGGCAUAUCGCCGACCCUAGUUGCUCUUCUGACAGCUGGAGCUGAGUAUGAAGAGCUGGCUGUAGUUAUUGCAGCAAUCCUGCAACACCGCAGCUCCCUAGCCCUUGGCAACCUAAUGGGAUCUGCGAUUGCGAGCAUCCUCGGCGCAUUCUCGCUGGGUCUUCUAUGUCAUCCUGGUAACAUGGAAUUCGAUAGUAGCGCAAAGAUGUAUACUGGGAUUCUGCUUUCAGUCACCACCCUGUUCGUCGUCCUGGCCUUUUUUAACCUACUGAAUAAAGUUACGGGUGGGAUACUCGUCGCUGUUUUCGCCCUCUAUAUUAUCUCUAUUGGUUAUGCCAUCUAUAAGGGUAUUACUGACCCUCCUCAGAUGUCAGACAGUGACAGCGAGGUUGAAGAGGGUGAGAACGAAAGGCUUUUACGGCCACUUUAUCAGCACGUCUUCCAACUGCUUGUUGGCCUAUGUGCGCUUUCUUUAUCCGGGUAUAUUAUAGCUCAUAGCGCCGGCACCAUCGCGGACUCCUUCAAGCUGUCGGGGACUGUCUUUGGACUCACUGUGAUUGCCUUUGCUACAACCCUUCCUGAGAAGCUACUUUCUGUGCUAAGCGGCUUUCGCGGGCAAGGGGGCAUUGUGGUUGCGACCACAGCAGGGAGCAACAUAUUCCUGCUGACGCUCUGCGUCGGCAUUGUUGCUAUUGCGGGAGUUCCCGUGAACGGAACGGAUACAUUUGUCCUUUUUGACCUCGUGAUAGUUUGGAUGUCUGCUUUAUGCUUUGUAGCGGUUGUUUUCCUCGGACCGAGUCGGACUGCUGGUCUGGUGUUUUUGGCUGCGUAUAUCAUGUUCUUGGUCCUUGAGUUCACAGUGUACAAACACUGA